UUUGCCUUAUGAUACCCAACACUAACCAGCAAUAAGAAAUAUAAAAUCAAUGUAAUGUAAUAUUUUGGUGUAGAUUAAUUUUCAAUUUCAUUCAAUAAUGGAAGGAAGCUAGGCUAUUGUGGUCUUCUCCUCCUCUUCUUCCCCAAUUGUACAACUAUGGCUGUAGAGCUAUGGCAAACAGUGAAAGAUUCUAUCACAGUUCUUUCUCCAUUAAUCUCUUCUACAGUAUGUUGUCUCGGAGUUUUUUGGUUCGCCAGAUCGUGCUCACCACCAGAGACUUCGAGUAAUGGAUGCAACCACCAUUUCAGCUUGAAGAGAUUUCUGAAGGGGAAUUGGACCAGUAUGAUUCAAAGAAGAUGGCAAUCAAGGGUCAGAUCUGUCGUAUUUCUAAGAGCAGUAUGUUGUCUCGGAGUUUUUUGGUUCGCCAGAUCGUGCUCACCACCAGAGACUUCGAGAAAUGGAUGCAACCUCCAUUUCAUCUUGGAGAGAUUUCUGAAGAGGAAUUGGACCAGUAUGAUUCAAAGAAGAUGGCAAUCAAGGGUCAGAUCUGUCGUAUUUCUAAGAACAGGUAGGAUUGCAAAAAAGGAAAAAAAUAUUAAAGAGUUUUGACCAGAAUGAAUUUACAGGUGGAUGACUUCGUAUAAAACUCUCACUCCUUAUCAACUAACAUCCCACAGUUUUCACCCAGUUGUUUUGCGCACACUGAAGAGGAUAAACAAUCUUAAGGAGUUCAGGAGAUUGAAGCUUUAUGGAGUUCCAAAAAAAUAGAAAGACUGAAGCUGCUGAUAUGGGAAAAGGAGACUCUCCUGUAAGGAGAUGGGAGGACCUUGAUAUUAAUAUCUUGGUCACGAUACUCCUGUACUUGGACAUUUUCCAGUUGACAAGUGUGAUUCCUCAAGUUUGUCGUGCAUGGCGGUUAGCUUGUUGUGAUCCACUUCUCUGGAUUACGCUGGACUUGUCCGUGUUGCAAUCGAACUUCAUCAGACUCCAAGUGAAGCCAUACGUGUAUGUCGACAGUCCGUCUGAAGAAAAAUUGACCGGACUCCUAAAUAAUUGCCUGAACCUCAGUCGUGGAAACAUACAAACAUUGAUCUUCCAUCCUAAUUUGUAUGUUAACGACAAUCAAUUGACUACUGCUGCGGAGAGGUGUCCACGGCUUAAACGCCUAGUUAUGCCUUCUUGGGACAAAAUUAAAAAGCGAACAAUGUGCAGGGCUAUUCAUAUAUGGAAUGAUCUUGAAUCACUAACGAUGCCAAGUAUAAAAAAUCCUGCACGUGUCAUAGAGGAAAUUGGCAGGAGUUGCCAAAAAUUUGUUGCACUCAAAGUUAUGGGGCCCUGUGAUAUGCUUUUCGCAUCUGCACUGGCUUCUUUUCUUCCAAACUUGGAAGUUUUGAGUGUGAGGUGCACGGUUUUAUCUAAACCUGCUCUGGCUAUUAUCUUGGAGAAGUUAAAAAAGUUGAAAGUGCUUAACAUAUCUCAUUGUGCAAUUACUGAAGACUCUCCACUCGAACCGAUGAGAAUUCUGACCAAGCUUGAUAAAUCGAUUCUUGAAAAAGCGUCCAGGUUAGACGAAUUCCUAACCUGCAUGAGUGACUCCUGCAUCAUGUGUCAGCGCACUCUAUAUGAUAAAGGGUUUUUGAGGUGGUACAGGUAUGAAGAAGACCUCUGGAAAGUGGAUGAGGUGAAAUCUCUUGCGGUUUGACAACUUUUAGAAGAUAUUGCUUCAUGAGCUGAAGGUCUGGAGCAAAUGUGGAAGCUUGUGUAGCUUUCGUGUUCUUUGUGUUUCUAUGAACUUGUGUUUUUCGUUUUUGGGUUUUCGUCGUACCAAUUUCAUAUGUAUUGCCAAGCAUAGUAAGCUUGUACUUCGUUUUGCUAAGCUUUUGGGAUGCUAGACAUGUUUAUUUUCUCAUUAUAAAGGUGAGAUAUUUGGAUAAACUAUGGGAGAAAAUAAAUGUUUUUGAAAUUAGCAAAA